AGAAAAAUAGAUAACAAGAGAGGUGAAAAGCUGGUGCCGGGCCAUGGCAAUCCAUUUUCCACAACAACCCUUGUAUUAUUUCCUUCUCUUUUGAUUUUCAGGCUUUCCUUCUUCUUUACUACAACAUCUACUGUUCUUGUCACCACUUUUUUCUCUCUCAAGCUCUUUGCUUUCAGUGCCUGCCUUAAUCUAAAAGUACCUAUUUUUGUCUCUGGGUUGACGGCUUUGUUGAUACUGUCAGUUUUGAUUCUCGGUGGGAUAAAGAGACUUGCUAUCAAUAAUGGGUUCUGGAAAUGUGUUGAAGACAAUUAUAAAGAUAGUGAAAGACGACAGCUCAAAGCAAGUGAAGGGAUCUUCAGCUUCUACAAAAUCCAAGGGCUCCAAAUGGAAGAAACGCCAGCGAAAAACAAGGUUUAUUAGUAGAGAUGCCAACGCUCUUGGUAUACCUAUCGAGGAUUUAGCAGCAAUUCGGAUUCAAACUGCAUUCCGGGCCUAUAGGGGUAGAAAAACUUUACGUCGAUUGAAAGGUACAGUAAGAUUACAGGCUAAAACCCAAACUUAUUCCAUCAAAAAGCAAGCUACGACAACAUUAGAUUAUCUUCAUUUCUGGAGCAACAUACAAACUCAGAUAAGAGCUCGCCGAAUGUGUAUGGUAACUGAAGGCUGUCUUAGACAGAAGAAAAUAGCUAAUCGGCUAAAGCUUGAGGCAAAAAUGCAUGAGCUAGAGGUGGAAUGGUCUGGUGGCCCAGACACAAAGGAAGAAGUUCUGACAAAGAUCCAGCAGAAAGAAGAAGCUGCUGUUAAGCGGGAGCGAACCAUGGCAUACGCCUUCUCCCAUCAGUGGAGGGCUCCCAACUCUAUCAAUAAUGGACUCGCCAGUUAUAAACUUGCUAAUGCUAAUUGGGGUUGGAGUUGGGUGGAACGAUGGAUUGCUGUUCGACCAUGGGAAAGGCGGUUCCCUACUCCAUCGGUGACACCUAAAUCAACCCCUAAGAAACCACAUAACAAACAGACAAGCAAGGCAGGUAAAACCUCAGAUUCGCCGAAGCCAAAAGCAUCCCUUUCAGUUAAACCCCCACUGUCCAAUGGGAAGGAAACCGUGAAGCCUAGGAGGUUGUCUUACCCCGGUGCUGAGAAACCAGCUGCACGUCGAGAGAACCCUAAAACUGAAAAGCUAAACAUCCAUAAAGAAGAUAUGAAAACCACUUAGCUGCAAGCCAAAUAUAUAGUUAGAAUGUCAAUUUGGUUUAAUAAGUGAGCACAUUUGUUUUCUUUUAUUUGGGUGUGGAAAGGUACAUAUAUUUAUACGUUACUUUUGCUUCUAAGCCCUUUGUAGAUAAUAAUGGCAAGAAAGUAUGCUUUGUAUGAGAACAGAAAUGGUGAUUCUUUCUAUUUGUUAUUUUUGUUUUCUAGCCUUUGAACUUGUGUUUGACGCAUGCAUAAUGGAAAGGGACUAUAUUUUUUGUGGUAA